AACAUGACGUGAUUGGUCAGCCUGAUCAUCAUCGGCUUCUGCACUGAAAAGAAUCACCCAAAGACCAACUGCGAGGACCUACCACCUCUGCGCCACUUCUGUUUCCUGUCCAAGUUCAUCGACACCUUUGACGGCAGCUGGCGUUGGCAACAUGGAGGUGUCUAAAACAGCCCUCCGCAGGCUUCCUCGCUGCUACCAUAAUCUGUCGGUCGCUGCUCGUCAUGGCGAUGGUCCCGCUGUCGCCGCGGUCGCAUGCUCGCCCAUGGCUGUAUGGAGUCGAAGACAAUUCACAACUACCUCUGAAAGAUCCUUGCCUGGUCCUUCUAGUCUCAGCUUGGGUGGCUCAUCAUCACCGCCGACCUACUUUCAACGACACACAAGUCUCCCCGCAAACACCAUCAUCCGAUUUGUCCCUCAACAGACGGCGUGGAUCGUGGAGCGCAUGGGAAAGUUCAAUCGAAUACUACAACCAGGCCUAGCAAUCUUGAUGCCCAUCAUAGAUCGCAUCGCCUACGUUCAGUCACUCAAAGAGUCAGCGAUCGAGAUCCCUAGCCAAAGUGCAAUCACCGCAGACAACGUGACUCUGGAAUUGGAUGGUGUGUUAUAUACAAGAGUAUUCGAUGCAUAUAAAGCGAGUUACGGCGUGGAAGACGCUGAAUACGCAAUUUCACAAUUGGCACAGACAACGAUGCGUUCUGAAAUUGGUCAACUCACACUCGAUCACGUCCUCAAGGAACGAGCGAAUCUCAACCAGAACAUAACUCAAGCCAUCAACGAAGCUGCGCAAGAAUGGGGCGUAGUAUGCUUGAGAUACGAAAUCAGGGACAUUCAUGCCCCAGAGGGCGUUGUAGCGGCAAUGCACAGACAAGUGACGGCCGAAAGAUCAAAGAGAGCAGAAAUUCUCGAAUCAGAGGGUCAGCGGCAGAGUGCUAUCAAUAUCGCAGAAGGUCGGAAACAAUCCGUUAUCUUAGCAUCUGAAGCCUUGAAGGCCGAGCAGAUCAACAUGGCAUCUGGUGAGGCCGAGGCCAUUCUCCUGAAAGCGCAGGCGACAGCUCGUGGAAUCGAUGCUGUUGCCAAUGCCAUCAGACAAGGUGAAGACAGCGCCCAGAACGCCGUUAGCUUGAGCGUCGCUGAGAAGUAUGUCGAUGCUUUUGGGAAGUUGGCCAAAGAGGGCACCGCCGUGGUGGUACCCGGCAAUGUUGGUGAUAUGGGCGGUAUGAUUGCCAGUGCCAUGGCAGUUUAUGGCAAGGUAAACGAGAGUCAGUCCAAAAGCAAAGCCGCCAAAUCUGUCAACUCAAGUUCCGCGGCAGAGUCCAAAGAUGUUGGCCAGAGGGUCAUCGAGGCUGCUCAGAACUCGGACGCCAAAGAAGUUGCAGAAACCGUACUGGAAGGAUUUGAACAGACAAGGCACAGAAAGUGAGGUGUUGGACCUUUCGAAGGGUUGAUUGAAAAUUGCUACGCUUUUCAUCAGGAGGAAGGAAUUUCUACUCAUUCACAAUGCAGCAUGGCGCUUGUGUGUAAUACCAGCAAAAGGAAUUUUCAAAAGUCGACAUCUAUGUAAGCCAUAAUGAAGAUGAGGAAAUCACCGAGUGACAGCGUUGACAA